AUGUUACUCUACCGGAGAGGUCCGUUUACGCGUCCCUUUCGACUGUAUCGCCUUCUUACGCGUAAGCAAUUCGGCGUGCCUAUUGGGAAUGAGAAGUAUGCUAUAGCAGCGCAGUGGCAAUCCGCCUUCAAUCUUGGAGUACUAGUUGGACAAGUCGUUAGUGCCCUGGGCGUGGGCUGGCCUUUGGACCGGUUUGAACGUCGCAUUACGCUGGCCUGCUGUUGUCUCAUUACCUGCGUUGCCCUGGUGACUGGAAUUGUAUUUGGCGCAUAUCCCGUCAUCGCCCCAACAUAUAUCUCGGAGGUGACGCUAGCUCUUGUGGCUAGCGCCUUACUCGCAGGUACUCGGAAUCGCUCGGAUCGAUGGAGCUAUGAUAUCCCGCUCCAAGUCAAAUUCAUGUUUCUGAUUAUUAUCCUUGCUCUGCUACCUUUCUGCCUAGAAAGCCCGUGGCAUCUCGUCCGCAAGGGUAAGGAUGAGAAGGCCGAGAGAGCGCUCGUUCGUCUCUCACAUUCAAGUGUGGAUGCAAAGGCGGCACUGGCACACAUCAAACUCACCGCCGCUAUGGAGCUAGAAGAGGAGCAUUCUGAGAGAUUCAUAGACUGCCUUCUAGAAGGGUUGGUAGAGAGCUCCACUCCGCUACGCUUACCUUUGGAGGUCCACAACCGCCAACAGCACAUUUUUGGAUAUGCUGUAUACUUCUUCGAGUUAGCAGGCCUUGCAACAAGUGAUGCCUUCAGCCUGGGAGUCGGCCUGCUUGCUGUGGGAUCCGUCGGUACUUGUCUCUCCUGGCCGCUGAUCAACAACAUUGGACGUCGUCGCAUCUAUAACUGGGGUCUAGUCGUUCUGGUCGUACUCCUCUUCCUGAUUGCCAUUCUGGAUGUCAUUCCGACUCGGUCUAGCGGGUUGACCAUCACAUGGGUACAGUCUUCGCUCAUGGUCGUAUACAACUUCUUCUACGACCUAGCGAUUGGUCCACUCUGUUUCGUCAUCAUCAGCGAGACGUCUUCCGCCAAGCUGCGUGGAAAGACGAUUGCCAUCGCCACAACAAUCAACGUCUUGAUCAAUGUUGCGUGCGCUGGCAAGCACAAAGGAAAGCUGGCUUUUGUGUUCUUUGGUCUUUCUGUUCCUUGUUUGAUCUGGUGCUUCUUGGCGCUGCCUGAGACAAAGGACCGAGCGUUCGAUGAGCUGGACACAAUGUUCUUGAGGAGUGUGAAGACUCGGGACUUCAAGACGUAUGUUGUGGAAGCAUGGAUGGAUAGAGUGUAG